UCAACUUGUUCUAAGCGCAAUAAACUUGGUUCAAACUAAGCGCAAGCAUGUCACACGUUUUUAAAAGCCCCCCCCCCCUCCGCCCGCCACUUUAAAACUUCAGGCAGGCUGUCGUUCAAAAGGGGCUGUUUAAAUCAGAAAAAUCCAAUUUGGAAAGUGUUGCCACUCUUAGCUUAAGAAAAAGGGACAUCUGAGCAGCAAUCUCUUUCCAUUUUUACUCCCCACCCCAGACACUAGUCUCCUAACCCCUCAGAUCCUCCUUUGACUGGUCCCUGAAUGUUUCAGAAGCCCACACACCAAACCUUACUGAUUCAUGCUUCUUGUUGAUCCAGACCCUUCAUUCAUUAAAACAAAGGGACAAUUACUCCUUGGGUCUGGCAACAACCAACACAGAUAAUAUCCCAGUCUGGAACAGGAACAGAAAGAUUGACUGAAAUAACAGAAAAGAAACUGAGAACAUGGCAACUGCCCAGAAGCAAAGAAAUUCAUUGAGUGCAGCAAUAUUUCCCAACAAAAUAGCAACAGAGCAGCAAUCACUGGUAUUAGUGAAGCGAAUGCUUGCAGUAGCUGUCUCUUGCAUUACUUACCUAAGAGGGAUCUUUCCAGAAGAUGCAUAUGGAACGAGAUAUUUAGAUGAUCUUUGUGUGAAAAUACUAAGAGAAGACAAAAACUGUCCAGGCUCCAGUCAACUGGUGAAAUGGAUGUUAGGAUGUUACGACGCACUGCAGAAAAAAUAUCUGAGGUUGAUCGUCUUGGCAGUCUACACUAAUCAGGAGAAUCCUCAGACUGUUACAGAAUGCUACCAAUUUAAGUUCAAAUACACUGACCAAGGAGCAGCGAUGGAUUUCACCAGUAAAAACCAGGGGAAGAGUUCCAACAUCACAUGUGCAGAUACUAAGAAAGCAAGUAUUUUGCUGAUACGAAAGAUUUAUGUCCUGAUGCAGAAUUUAGGUCCUCUACCUGAUGACAUUUGUCUGACAAUGAAACUCUUCUAUUAUGAUGAAGUUACGCCACCUGACUACCAACCACCUGGAUUCAAAGAAGGUGAUUCUGAAGGGAUGGAAUUUGAGGGGGAACCAAUGUACCUAAAUGUGGGUGAGGUUCCCACCCCUUUUCAUAUGUUAAAAGUUAAAGUGACAACACAGAAAGAGCGAAUGGAGCACAUUGAUAAAGCCAUACUGAAGCAGAGCAACUCUUUGACUCCUCCAAAGGCAUAUCUUGAUGCAGAACAAGAGCAGAAAAAUGAUGAGGUUUUUAUUGCAGAAAAUAAAACAAGGGAGCAGACGAACACUCGCAAAGAUUUGCUUGUGGGAGGAGAACUAAAUUUAACAUGUGAAGAAGAUGAAAAUAUGAGAACAGAAGGAAGCCAAGCUCUCUCCAUCAAUAAUUCUCAGGUAGAGCAUCUAGUAAAUGAGACAUCAAAACUUGAAGUAUCUGAGGGCAAGACCCGAAGUGGAAAGAGAUUUCAACGAAGCACAGGUGGUGCAGAAAACAGGAAACAGCAGGUUGGAGCAAAGUGUCCUAAAGAACACCAAAAGAGAAGCAGCUCGGAAUCAGGCAAGCCAGUCUAUCAUUUUGAAUUCUCUUCUAGUCAAGACUCGGGACCUAAACGGAGAAAAUUUAGUGAACCAAAGGAGCAGUUCUAGAUAUUCACUUAAUAAUGCUUUCUUUCGAUUUUUUUAAAAGACUACUCUUCUCAUUGUAAUUAGUAUUUUGCAUUUUAGAGGCAAACUGUUAAACUUUUAGACACUGAAUGUUCUUUGAUGCCUUUUAUUGGCAGUCAAGGGCACAGAGUUUUAAUUCAAAUAAGAAUACAACUCAAGGUGAGAGGCCCAAAUAUAACCUAUCAGCCUGGAUGGAGUGGGUAGCUGCUAUUGUCUGAGGACAACAUAAAUUAGCUGCUGCAUUGAGGCCUGAUUUCAACAUGCAAAUAUAAUGUGUGAUCUUAUACAUAGCCAACUUCAUGUUUAGCUCAGGUUCUCAACUAUCACACAUGCAGUGUCCCUGGUUACAGAUCUCUGGUGUGCUAAUCUUGCAUGCACAGGUGAAAUGAAGUACCACGAGUGGUUCAAAUCACACCUGAGGAAAACUUACUUAAGGAGCAACUAGGACAAAUUAUUUCAAGAGACUUUUCUAAUAAGGCUUAACAAAUGUUUUUUUCCUGUGUUCAGAGUGAAUCUUGCUGACCUAACACAAAAUCUGAGUUUUGGCAAAAUAGCAUGCAAGAAACAAAAAGUUAAAUGUUUGUGUUGUCAAUCUGACACCAGUAACAGCUGCACUGUUAAAAGGAUAAAAGAAAAUCAGACAGCUAACAUUUCAAGUUUUGUUUUUUCCCCUAGUUCCUAACACAAAACUGAACCUUUAGACAUUGUUCUGAUAGCUAAAAGACGUUUCAUAAACAGGAAUUGUAACCAUUGACUAAAACAUAGCCUACUCAUAUUUAUUAGUUUGUAUGAGAGAUGGUUAUCAGUAGUCAAAAAAAGCUCUAUUAUUUUUAAUUUUUUGCAAAAUGCAGAGUCUUCUUGAACUUUCAAUUAAUCAGAAUAAUCUCAGGUAACACUGAUGGUAACACUAAUGUUACAACAUUUAAAAAAAUAGCUAAGAGUUUGUAACCAACCAAUGGCUCAAUCCAGAGAACAUUAAUUACAUUAAGUCCAUGGAAUGCAAAGUUGCAACCCACUGCAAUCGCAGUGAUGUCAACAGCACAGCUAACUUUCUCUGGAUCAGGGCUAAUAACUUUUAAAACAACGAUUAUCUUAUUUUCCCUUACAAGAAGCAUUUUCAAGAGAUCGAGGAGGGGAUGGAAGUUAUGCCAUACCCUUCUUAAAACAUAAUGGUUGUAUAAUUUCGAUUCAAGAAUGUAUUGAUUUGUAAUGAAACGUUCACAGAGGUCUGCAAGGCAUGUACAUUCUGUUUCAGAUCUUCCGAUUUUAUAGCCACAAUAAAAUAUUUACAGUUUGAACAA